UCCUGGCACAGGGCGUGGGCAUCUCGGUGAAUGUGACUUCGCCGACGAGAGAUGAUGAUGCUUUUUCAAGGCGAGCGCAGCCAGUGUUCAACAACUCAGGCAUCCAGGCCAAUGUCCUGGCACAGGGCGUGGACAUCUCGGUGAAUGUGACUUCGCCGACGAGAGAUAAUGAUGCUUUUUCAAGGCAUAAGCAAAAGUACUCAGAACCAUUACUGUCACUUCUCUCAGUGCCAUUCCCACUGCUGGCGUGCUCUUCAAUAGGAUACUACAGUAGCAGAGAUUCCAGUGAUAGUUAUGGUCUAGACCAAGGCUUAUGGUCUAGACCAAGGCUUAUGGUCGAACAGGCUAAUUGCAUGCAUAAUUGGUCAAGAGAUAACGGUGUUGCUAUUGAAAGCGUUGGUAUGAUUAAGUUCUGUGCCUGUCACUGUGCACACUUCUUCGGCUGUGGGAGAGCAGUUUGUCGUUUGUUACAAGGAGUUUCUUCUACAUUCUCGGUCCCCAUUGGCCCAUCUUCCUUUACAACAGUACCCAGUGGCUGUGCCCGCUGUGUGAAGUACAUAUACUUUGAAGUACUAUGUAUUCCUAAUGGUUCUUAGGGGGCGUCGGAAGGUAAUUCAGGAUGGUACGGUCAACCAUCUGAGGCACACUUUGCUUUUUGGGAGGGGAUCACUCCGAUAUAUGUUUUUUUUUGAAAUUUGGAGCUCAAAUACGUGUAUUUUGUUGAUUUGUACUGGGGCAAAUAGUGAUACAGUCAAUACCGUAGUGAACGUAGCGUGUCCGACGUCCCUGGAACCUCUUCAACCUGCUAGCCAGCUGAGAGAGAGAGAGAAAGAGAGAGAGAGAGACAGUGGGUGCGAUUGAUGGGUGCCAUGCAUGUAUUUUGCCAUGCAGGAGAUUUGUCUCAGCCUGCUGCCACCGCACAUUCUGCAAGACGUACCAGUACAUCAACCGGUUUGGACUGUCCGACGUGUGAGCAGCCAUCCUCACCAACACGACCAUACCAAGAAGAAAGAAAAGCAACACAGGCUCAACAAACAGCAGACCCAGCUCCGACAAGCGAAGCAUGGCAGUGCAGCCAGCAACAGUUACAGACGAGUGCAGCCCGACAUAACCCGUACGGUGGGUACCUGAACCGUCAGGAUGUGCCAAUGCCGAUGACUGUCGACGGCAGCAAUGGCAUGGACACGCACUACCCGGGUGCCAGUGUGCAGCGGAUGUCUAGCAACAGCUCUCAACACAGCCACACUCCUUACCCUGUGCAAGUGGCAAGUAGUAGAGACAGCCUACAAGACCGUGUGCACAUUCCGCCAGAAGGUACAAGUGUCGAUCCUGAACCAGGACGACGGCGUGUUCUCAUCUGCUACUGCCCGCCCGCUGUCCCCGAACUUGGCUGUGUGACGUGCGCCGAGCGGUGUCCGGAUGAUAACGAUGGGUAUGCGGCCACUGCUGAUCAACAAUGGGUGGAGUUAUUGCACGAAAAGGUUCUGAACUUGGCUGAUGCUCUGCGCGAUGCAGGCGUAGACGUACGGCUGGACCAGUACGAGAUGGAUACGGACACAGUCGGUGACUGGGCUGAUUGGCUGGAGCAAGAGUUUCGCCAAUGCGACUAUGUACUGGCUGUGUGCAACAAGCACCUCUUUCCAGCAACGGCAUGCUCAAGCGCAGGAUCAGCAGCUGGGCAUCUGCCGGACCACAAAUGCUCCAGCUUGCAGACGAAGUACCUAAGUUCAGCAGCUUCGAGGAGAAUUUCCAGAACCGGACGCCCUACUGUGGUGCCGCUGCUGCUUGACAAUGAGCCAGAUACAUCCAUACCAUUGAUCUUGCAUGGUGGCAGUCGUUAUGUACUCCAUUACCCGCUCGAUACAAGUGAGACUGGAAGGGAAUUCACCCGUCUGCUGGCAAGGCUGACCGGGCAGAAUCGUCGCCCACCACCGCCAGUUGGACCAGCUCGUCAGCUUCCCAACCUACCUCUCGAAGACGACUAGACAGCCUGGCGGCCUGGGAGUUCUCAGACUGUCAGUCGGCGCUGCACUGUAGUGAUUGCAGAACGGGCGGCCGUGCGGUGAGCAGUGUCACCAAGCCUUCUGUCAUACUGAGGUUUGUUACUGGCCAUGUCUGGUGCAGUCAGUCGAGAUGCAGACCGAAUGCAGAGUCUGCCAUACCACCAGGCCAGGGGCAUUGUACUGUUGGUGCCUACGAGCUGUUUUGUGCCAUGAGAUUUCUAUCAUCCGGUCACAGUACAUGGGACACCACUGUACAUGCUAAAUUGAACUGUGUCCACAUUGUCAUGCCAUUGCUGUCCUCGGCAAUAAAAGCAUAUGCACAAGUGGGCAAAAAAUCGUUUUUAGCAACAAAAAACUUGCAAUCUCACAUCUCAAGUUUUCUGAUGCCCUACCGAGAGUUAUGCUUGAAUCGCUUCUGUAUCAUUUCUAUCCUACAGAAUUUUAACAUUGAAAUAAUUAUAAUAAUUAUGCACUCAAUCUUUGUAACACCUAACUAGUUAGCAUCUUAAACUUUGAAAUUGAAAUAUGAGUGUAGAAUGUUGA